GUUCAACACUGUCACAGUUUACUUACAGAGAAACAUUUCGCUCCUCGUUAAAAAGCGUAAAACGGAAAAAAGCGAAGCGUCAAGCACAUCAGACGACUCUUUGUAACCAGAUUCUGGACAACAGUUUACUUAACUGUACUACCGUUCAGUGCCUAACACAGAAAUUUAAAUUCUCAUCUCUAAUUUCUUGAAUUUCUAUCGGUGAUCGUCUUGAUAAAACAAAUUACAAUGGCGAGACAAAAUUUCUCUAAUGAAACAGACGAUGACUAUGAAGAGGAUUUUGCAGGAGUUUUUGAUGCACGUUAUCACAUUCCUCCAAUUGCUGUCGCCAUUGUCAUCAUUGGAUUAAAUGGAUUGGUUUUGUACCUGGUAAAGACACGACCCAACCUCCAAUCAAGCAUGAACUUUUUGCUAUGUAGCCUGGCCCUGUCAGAUCUAUUGACAGGGUCACUGAGCAUACCACUUCACGUUGGCUGUGAUGUCACCUGGAAAACCAAGAUUUGUGUGGCUUCGCAGCUGUUUAUGAGAUUUACAUCAGUUUCCACGGUGAUGCACCUUCUUGCCAUUACAAUGGACCGCUACCUAGGCAUCAAACACGCACUUCGUUACAACGCUCUGGUCACAAAGUACAGAGUAAUUGUAACUUCAGUCUUAAUAUGGAGUUCUUCAAUAUUUUCAUCGCUGAUACAGCUUGCUUGGAUUAACUACGGACGCGAUGACGUCGAUGAAGAAGACGAAGACCUUACUAAGCAUGAGAUCCGUUACGACGUCACUAAUCUUGUACUUUAUGUUGCGAUUCCAUUCGUGGUCAUGACCAUCGUGUAUAUCAACAUCUUUAUUGAAAUAUUGCGUCAAUACCGCAAUAUCAAACAAUAUAAUUCUCCCGGAUGGACUGAGACAAAGAAAAGGACUCACCACGAAUGGAAGGCAGUAGCUAUUUUCUCCAUCAUGCUGUUAGUCUUCAUCAUUUGUUGGCUGCCAUUUUUUACCACUCGCUUGCAACACAACUUGGGAAAGAAGUUAUUUGAACUUCCACUCUCGUCAGAGUACAUUUUCGUAUAUCUGAGGUUUUUCACGUCUUUUUUCAAUCCUUGUAUGUAUAUCUUUGGUAAAAGAGACUUUCGCCAGGCUCUAAGUCUCUCAAGGAGGGGUUUGUUUACGCGGUUUCACUCCUCUUCGUAUCAUUCAUCUCUGAAGACAACUAUGGUGUAGAUGGGCUCAUAAAACAUCCCGUACUGAUAUCAUUGUGAUGCGAAAUCAUUCUAUUUCCGAUGGUAAAAAGUUGCAAAAACUAAAUACGGGAAAGACUGAUUUGGAAAGCUUACUGUGUUCACUUUGAAACCUUGGCACAAUUUCCCACAUUUUUCAAGUUCCGUCCUCCUGAGAAAUGGGUGAGCACAGGUUCAUUUCCCGAACAGCAGCUGGUAAUCGAGCCUAUUUAUGACCAAAAGCAAUCAACCAGUUUCUAACAUUCUCUGAAUUUAUUCCCUUUUUGUCAAAUAGAAACGGCUCGUUGGACCAGAGAUGGAAUCAUUGGAAAGUAAAGGAGAUAUAAAUAUCAGAAAAUUGUGCAUUCUAUUGGUGGGUUUCCUCUUUCUAACAAACAUUUUCGAUAACCAACGUUACCGCUGACUGAUUUACUUUUCACAGAAAUGAUUAAAAAUUAAUUUCUCUCACAAUUCCAAUGUAUUAGCCAGUGAAAAAAAAAUUAGCCAGUAGGUUAGGAAACCAGAGAGAUGUUUUUUCGUCAGAGGUUUCGGAGCGAUCACGCACAACGUUCAACGUUCAAAUGGGAACCUCCCACCAACCUAUCCAUUCAGAAUUAGUGAUACAAACAAACAAACAAACAAACAGAUAAAGUAUAAGUGAGGCUAAGGAGUCUCCAACACACGUUAUAGCAUUGUUGUUGUUUACCUUGAGUUUUUGUUUCAUUGUUUCCAAGUUCAGUAUCUCCACUCCUCUAUAUAGAGAACAUGUUUGCCCCCCAUAUGCACCAUAUCUGAGCUACGUAGUUAUAACGUAACAUAAGCCCAGUUAGCACUGUGCUGAGAUAGUAAUCAAGGUUGUGAUAAAUUAUUUAUGUAUUUUUAUUACCACCGUGUGAUUCCAGUUGUUAAGUACUCUUAUGGAGUAGUUCUUGGCUGGUACGAUGUGUGCUUUGUCUGAAACGAGACUGAGAGUGUAGUGUUUAGAGUGCUUGCCAGAAAAUUCUUAAAGGUAAGAAAAAAAAAACAAAAAAAAAAAAAACGCAAAACCCAAAACCGUCGCUUCGUAUCAGCCACGAACUGAUUUUCACAGCCAUCAUUCUUAUUAAUAUUUUUAUUAUUAUGUCAAUAAUGUGUGUUCUGUAGAUAUUGCAUAUUUGAAAUUUAAUAAUACCUAGCUUCAUACAUCGUAUAUUAUAAGAAUGUUAUAUUUAUAAGGGAUAACCUGCAGUUAUUAGCCUGAUAUGGGCGUUUUGAUAACUCUUUUCAAGAAGGAUUUCGUGUCAAAAGGGUACUCAUUCAUUGAUAUCACUAAUAAUAUAGUCGAUGACUGUGCAUGUUGCAUGCACUUUACAAAAUAUAAUAACUCCCCCUUCCAUCUUUAAGAGUUGGAAGCAUGUCACUUUCUUCUUUCAGUGUCAUUACCGCUCGUGACAAUGAAGGAGACGAUCAUUAACAAAGGAAGUUCUUCAUUUUUAAACAACUUUCCCUCAAUACUAUAUUUAUGAGAGUAUAGGUACCAAAGGAAAUUACGUUACAAAUGUUUGCACGUCUUGUUUGUAGCGGCUCUGCAAGCAUUCAAUUAACCCUUGAAUCAUAAGAGUUUCUUGCAUCUAAUCUCUCGAUAUCACAUCACUGCUGACUCAAACAUUAAGGUUAUGAGAAUAUAAGAAAUGACCACUCAUUCAAGACGCUCUUGAUUGAUAAACAAGCUCUCCUUUUAAAUAUCAUAAGAAAUGUACAAAGAAGAUUAUGAAGAAUGUACAAACUGAUGUCAGGGUUCAAAAAGGUUAAUCAAUAUAUAAAUUUAUUUAUGUUAAAGUGUGUGGGGAGAUUAUUCCUCUAUCCGGGCCCAAGACUCAUUUGUAAAAAACUUAAUAAUAAGUGGGUAAAACUUAACUUAACAAUCAAAUGAACUAUUCCAGGAGCCCAUUUAACCAAGUAAUGGGCUCCUGACUAUUUGUAAUAAUAUCAAUUAAAGGUAAAUGUAUUUAAAGAUAAAUAAGCAUACAUAACUCCUUCGACCAUGAUACAAAAAAUACUUGUGCACUCCAUUACUUUGUCUUUAAAUUUCGGAUGUCUUCGUAGUCCCUCAUGUUAAGG